UUCAAUCAUGUUAGUGAUGUAGUGGUGCGCGUAUUGGAAAUAGUUCGAAAAAUAUGAGUGUUUAAUAUGAGAAAUUAUUUGCAGCGAACUAAAACUCAAAAUUGUUUUAAAGUAAAGUAAUUUUUAAAAGCAUAUAUGUGCUACAAAAAAUAUUUUAAAUAUUAGUAACAGAAGCACAAUGAUAUCGCCAUAUAUGAAUCACUGUUAUUCGAAAAUGUACGGGCCUCCUAUGGAUUGGGUUGGACCAAAACCAGAUAAUAGCUGCGAGGUUGUUAUAAAAAAUUUACCAUUUGGAUUUACAGCGGAUUUGUUUAUACGAAUUUGCAGGCGUCUUGGUCGUUUAUAUAGCGUUUGUAUAUUAACGAAUUCUAGGUUAGAAACGUAUCAUGUUGCAUUCGUGCGCUAUGCAACAUAUGACGAUGCAUUAUGUGCAAAAACAGUCCUUCAAGACUGCUACAUACUGAAGGGUAGAACAUUGGAAAUAGAUUUAACUGAUACAUAUCGACACCUUCAUAUAAGAAAUAUACCAACAUACCUAAACGAGUGGGAUGUUAAAUCUGUUUUAUAUAUAAUAUUUCCGAAUUCAUUAAUAAAUCUUCGAAAGGGUUUUGAAAGUACUAAUAUAACUAACAAUAUCAAAAAUGGUUAUCAUAAUACUAUAUUAAAUGACAAUACUGGUGAAGCAUUAGUUACAUUUCCAUCAACUAAGGAAGCUUUCCAAGCAAUGGGAACUAGCCUGGUAUGCUGGAAUAAUUUAUGGAAUUGUCAAAUUAAAAUUGAUUGGGCAACAGAGAGUGUUGUUGGAGAUGAUAAUGUUGUAUAUGAUUCUAAAUCUUUAUUUAUAAAAAAUGUUGAUUUAACAUUAAAUUCUCGAAGCCUUCAUGAACUAUUACAAAAUUAUAUACCAGCGGAGAAUAUAUGUAGGGUUUCAAAACUACUUUCAACCGGUUUUAUAAUUUUUGCAAAUCAUAAAUCAGCUGUGGAGGCUAAGCAAAAGUUGCAAGGCGUUAAUAUUCGUGGAAAACGUGUUGAGGUCCAGUGGACAAAGUUUUCGGAAAGACAAUUAUUUCACAUGUCUUGUUCACAAGAUUUUGACGCUGCUUUACGAAUGAAAUGUCUUGCAAACCAUUGGCGUAUUCCCAUCAUAAUCUUUGGAUCAUAUUACGAAAUACAACAGCGACAAUAUUGCGCUGUAAUGUUACGCACGGACGAGGGUUGUUAUAGUUCUACUGUCGCAUUUAUUUGUAUAAUGCAUUUAGAUUUCUUAAAAGAUAUUCAUUCAAGGCUUUGUGAAGUAGUAUGCACUAUUUUGGACUCAAUAAAGGAUUUUCCAGAACAUAAUUAUUUAUUAGAUGUGUACCGUGAUCAAGCUACCAUAUUGGGACGGUUUGAACUUAAGAAUAUUGGUUCGAAACUAGAUUUUGUUGCUACUGCUAGUGAGAAAAAUAAAUAUUUAAUUGACUAUGAAGAAGUCUGUGAUAUCAUAAAUGCUGUAUCGUUAUUAAAUACUGUCAAUGAAGAUGUACUCAUUAAAGAAUACUAUUCUUCUUUUAAUAGUAAAAUAUAUGGUUCUUAUAUUAAUAACUUAUGUCUAUAUGGUAUGCGGUCAUUUGGUACAAUUUUUCCAUCAUACCGGAAUAAAGAGCUUUUAAAAUAUAAUUUAAAUAAUACACAAAUUAUUCUGGCUCUAUGUUUUCUAAGGAACGGCACUAAUAUUUCUACUGACAUAAGACCAUACAAACCAAUUCCACUUAGUAUUUUUAAAUAUGCUGAACAAGAUAUUUUAGGUAACACUAUCGGAUUAAUACCAACAUCAAUAACAGAGAAUAACUACAAUCAGAUAUUAAAAUAUGUAAAAUUUGGAUCCAAAAAAUUUUAUAAUCACGACGUCCGAAUGCUGUCACCGAAACCGUACAUACAAGGUUACUCAUAUAAAAAUCACAUAAGAGGCGAAAUGGCGAAAUCACUACAAAUUUUGAUAGAACAUAAUACUUUUGACUGGUACUAUUAUGGUCCGUCACUGUUUAAUGAAAACUCAACACAUUUAUUCAAUUAA